AUGAAGAAUACAAUUCCAAAUGCUUUACGUACAGCAUUCAAAUAUGCUAGUCAUAUUCCAACACAAUCUGAAUCAUCUAGUAGUAACAUGAGUCAUUUUGAGAUCAUGGUUCGUAUACCAGGAGAACUUCCAACAAUUAUAUUGCUUGAUAAUGUACAUAUGGAUCUGAACGAUCUAACAGAAAUUUCUCGAAAAGUUACGACUUCAAAAGGAAAAUGUAAUGAAAUGACAGCGCCCGGUGGUAACAAACCUGACAGCCAAACAAUUCGUAUUGGCAAAGGACACGUAGCUCUUAAUUUUCACUACGAAACUUUUACUGUUCCGGAUAAAAUCGAUGUCCACUACACAGGACAAUUAUUAUUUACAAGCGGUUGCAUCCGUACUAAAGGCGAGAGAACUGAAAGGUUAAGAUUAGAUGAUGUUGACGCUAACUUAAUAGUUGACGUUACACCAAAUUGUGCGGGCGAUACAAGUACAAAAUGGAAUUACGCAAUAGAGUGUCCAAACAGUGAGUUAGUAUGCAAAUCCGAUCGUUGCUAUUGUGGCAUGAAACAAAAACCGUCCAAGCAAGUUCUUCCACCAACAGCGGAUGGAUGCGGAACGCAUCGCACAAAAUGGAAUUAUUGGGCAAUUCAUUGGAUUGGAGAGCAUUACAAAUUUACAUCGAUAUGCGAUGAGCAUGAUCGAUGUUAUGGAACAUGCAAUACAAAUAGAUUAAAUUGUGAUCAAACAUUUUGUUUUGAUCUACUGGCAUCCUGCGAAACUAGAUGGAGCACAGAAGAGAAAAAACUCACGUUCUGCAAAAGUUGGGCAAAAACAUACUGUAAAGCCGUCAAAAGUUACGGCUCUGGAGCCUUCGGAAAUGCACAAAAUGAAGGCUGUUGGUGUGAAGAUGCAUAA